UGCGCAGCGCGGAUCCCGGAGGCCGGAGCGGUGCUGGACCUGCUAGAGAAAUGUCCUGAGCAGCAGAAGAAAGGAGGAUUUCCCGUCGUGGUUUUUGAGGGGCUGGAUGCCACAGGGAAAACCACUGUAACCCAGUCUGUUAAGGAGACCCUGAACGGUGUUCUGCUAAGGUCCCCACCAGCUUGCAUCAGCCAGUGGAGGACGGUAUUUGAUAAUGAGCCAACACCUAUCAAAAGAGCGUUUUAUGCUGCGGGCAACUACAUUCUUGCUUCAGAAAUUGCAAAAGCAUCCACUCAGGCACCUGUGAUCAUAGACAGAUACUGGCACAGCACAGCAGCCUACACAAUUGCCACUGAAAUAAAUGGAAAAGUUCAGGAUCUUCCACCAGCUCAUGAUGAGGUGUACCAGUGGCCUGAGGAUCUGCUUAAACCCGAUCUCGUUCUUCUCCUUACUGUUGACCCUGAGGAACGAAUCCGGAGACUUCAGCAUCGGGGUCUGGAGAAAACAAAGGAGGAAGCUGAGCUGGAAGCUAACAGCUUGUUUCGCCAAAGAGUUGAAGAAUCAUACAGAAGGAUGAUGAAUCCUGCAUGUCAAGAGGUUGAUGCCAGCCCCUCCAAGGAAGAGGUUCUCAAGACAGUGUUACAGCUAAUUAAGAAACAUUGUGCUUUGUGA